AUGAAGGGUACAAUGCGACAGGACACUGGACAGCAGAGAAAAGAGCUGGAUCUAUUUCCACAAUCAAACCCGGGAGACGGUGACAGUGCCUCAGAGCAAAAGCAGGCAUCCGACGAUGCUCCAGCUGACCACAAUGUGCGCUGUCCAGAUGGCACUGUUCAUUGCUCUGCCUCCAUCACGCGAUUUCCUAGUCUCAACAAGAGCAUUGACAGGAGCGACCAGUCCAGCAGCACUCUGGCAGAAAAGGACGAAGAACAUGGCCAACCUUCAAAAGACCCCGAGGAGAUCUAUAGUCUUCGCCCUACGUCGACGGCCGGCUUCUUUGACCCUUGCCUUUCGCAGACCCGGAGAGCUGUUUUUCUGAAGUAUUCGUGGACCCUCACCCUGCUUUGCGGCUUCGUCCUUGGAGUCCUCUCAAUAUACUGGGGAGUCCUUUUCAGGGUGCGCGAGAACCUUCGCUCUGCCACUAUCGCUGUGGUUGACUUUGACGCAACGUCGCCUCCUUACGAGACCGUCGAGCCAAUUGUCGGACGUUUCGUUCAAGCCGCAAUCGUACACGAACGUGUCUCACAGAGAUAUCCGUUGGGCUACGAGUUCCUGGAUCCUCGAACAUUCGGGUACGAUCCUGUUGCAGUACGCCUAGCAGUCCACGAAGAGAAAUACUGGGGAGCGAUCAUCGUCAACAACAAUGCUACCGCGCUGUUGAGACUAGCUGUUGAGAACGGAAACACAUCCUACGACCCGUUUGGUGCCGGAGCGGUUGUCGUCAACCAGGCCCGAGAUAUCGAAUCCUAUAACCAAUAUAUCACACCGGUGUUGACUCGUCUUGCCUCGGAUAUCAGCUUUGCUUUCGGCCGCAACUGGACGCAGUCUGUGCUCAAAAACGACACGCUCGCAAAAGGCAUAUACUGUAAUGCUCCUCAAGCUUUAUCUCCCGGCGUUGGCUUCAGUAUAUUCAACUUGCGACCAUCUGUUAGCAUUGGCCUCAUUUACCUCAUAAUCAUUGCCUUCUCUUUCGGAUUUUUGGUCUCAACACACAUGAAAUUUGUCCUCGAGCAACCCUCGAACAUCCAUCCACCGUUGAAUUUCAUAUACCUGGUCAUCUGGCGCUACCUCUCGACGGUCACAGCCUACUUCUUCCUUUCCUUCUGCUACAGUCUCGUGAGCCUGGCAUUCCAAAUACCUUUCUCAGAGAGGCCGCCGCCUGGCCAGAGCAGCUGGCUCCAGACCAAUGUAGCCAACAACGCCAAUCAUUUCGGCCGCGCUACCUUUGUCGUCUAUUGGAUGCUGAAUUGGCUAGGCAUGACUGCUUUAGGUCUUGCGUGCGAGAACGUGGCAAUGGUAGUUGGCCAACCUUGGACGGCACUGUGGCUCAUCUUCUGGGUCAUCACUAACGUAUCAACUGGGUUUUACGCACUAGAAUUGGCGCCUGGGUUCUUCAAGUGGGGAUACGCAUGGCCAUUGAGGCAGGUCGUCUAUGCAAGCCGGACGCUGUUGUUCGACACCCAUGAUCAACUUGGGUUGAAUUUUGGCAUUCUGGGCGCUUGGAUCGGCCUUGCGACAGUUCUUUUCCCAUGCUGUUGCUGGAUUAUGAGGUGGAAGGGGAUGAAAACAAAAGGGAGUCUGUGUUGA